GAAAGUACGGCGCUGUCACAAAAGGCGUUCUGCUUUCAUUUUCGCUUUUUAUGCUGAGUAACUCCGAGCACUUUCCUUGUUCUGCACGGCGUCGAGUUACACGGAGAAAAAAACGAAUAUUUUCCAAUUUUUCAAACGCUUUUGUCAAAGCUGAUAUACUUUUAUACGCCCGCUUAAAUAAGUUGUCUUUUUUUCUGGGCGGACAUGACUUCUCUGGGUAUUCAGCUCGAGUCGAAGAAACAGGUGGAUGAAUUCUGCCAAAAGCUCACCAAGGAGGCAGAGCAGCUGCUUUCCAAAUUCUUCCCAGAGAAGAUUGAACAGUUGGAGAUGCUCUUGAAAACAUCUUUUAGCUGUGAUGACCUUGCAUCCCUGAAGGCUCCUCUGGACAUCCCAAUACCAGAUCCUGCAAAGGAGGAGGCCAAACGCAAGAAGAAGGAGGAGAAGGAAGCAAAGGAGGGGAAGAAGGACAAGGAAGGCGAGAAGGAGAAGGAAGAGGAGGAAUCAGGGCCUCCUUGUGGUCCCAUCUGCAGCAACGAGAGAGUGGAGAGUCUUUUGAAUGAGGUCAAACCUGAGAUCCAGACCCUGAAGGAGAAGCUGAACACAGUUUCCAUGUGGGUCCAACUUCAGAUUCCCAGAAUCGAGGAUGGUAACAACUUUGGAGUGGCUGUACAGGAGAAAGUGUUUGAGCUGCUGACCAACACACGCACCAAGAUCGAGGCCUUCCAGACCCAGAUUUCUAAGUAUUACAGUGAGAGAGGCGAUGCUGUGGCCAAGGCCUCCAAACAGCCCCAUGUGGGAGACUACAGACAGCUGGUACAUGAACUGGACCAGUAUCAGUACACCGAGCUUCGUCUGGUGGUCUUGGACAUCCGCUACACAUACGCGGUGCUGUUUGACAUCAUUAACAAGAACUAUGACAAGAUUAAAAAGCCCAGAGGAGACGGGAAGGCUCUCAUCUACUGAGGCGGGCGACUUGCUUCUUUUUUUUUUUAUCUUAAAACAAGCGACUGCUACUGUUGUAUAACACUGAUUAAGUUCCAAAAUACAUGUCCUGACAGAAAUUAGCUUGUUCUCUCCAAGUGAUGCAUGCAUUUUGUUUCAGAUUACAAAAAUAAAGCAACAAGAAUCUC